AUGAUUCAACGGCUGAUGCGGUCCCUUUUUACAAUUACGAUUUUUGUUUCAAAAUUGUAUAAUAUUCUAUUUGGGUGUGAUUGUUUCGAGUCCAGAUGCAUUGUUCACACGCAGCCCAUUGGCUCCAAGUUGUCUGCAUCAUCAGACGCGUCUCAGGAACAGCAGAAAGAGCAGCUUGCUCAUCCUCCACCCUGUCCAAAUGUAUAUAGACCUUCCCCGACCAGCUCGGAGAGAAUUCUUUUGACAUCCAGACAAGCCAAAGCCAAAGCUUCCUCUUCCUCUCCGGACUUUUCGAUACUCUCGCCCUUCCCUCUCCCACUUCGGGUGCGGGACUGCGCAUCUGCCCCUCCAUUAGCACACGCAGCAGAGAGGCAUAACAGAACUACGCUAGACCAUACAAUGUCCUACACUUCCUCCUCCCGCUUUUCCAGAUCACCAUCCCCCGCGCCUCGUACUAGACGACCCUCUCCGUUGGAAAGAACCUCAUUGCAUCUCCGUCUCAGCCUGCUCUCCGGCGAGAAAUAUGACCAGGAAAGCAGUGCCAAGGAACCUGAUCUCCGUCGCUGCCUCAGCCAUGCCCACAUCCACGCCAAGUCCAUGGCUAUGGUCAAGCGAGACAUUCGCGUCCACAUCCGCUCCAUGGGCAUGGCCAUGGAUGAUGACAGCGACGAGGAGCUCCUCGAUCACGAAGUCCUCCCGCUGCCACCGUCGCGCCGAUCGUCCCGCAGCAGCUCCAAGGCCGCAGCAGCCCCACGGGUGACGGUGUCACCCAAACCCAGCGAGAAAUCGAGUCUGCUCGACAAGGGUCGCAAGUGCUUGGAGAAGCUCUUCCCUCGCAAGAACAACGUGCAUUUGGCACAGUCUAGAGUUACCGUUGUCACUUGA